UGAAAAUCGUAACAGUAUGUGUUAGUUAACGUUUCGCGGCGAUUGCUUAUCACUGAAUUGAACACUUGUUUGUUUCAACGAAGUCUACUUUAAUCCAAUUCUCGUUCGAAACCAUCCUUCGGAGCUGCAGCACACGGAAAGCUGACAUCACAUUGACAACGAAUAACGAAGCAUCAUAUUACAUCCUGACAUCGUUUUCACCAUUCUUCAUCGUCUAUGUCAGAAGCGUGGCCCUUUCUUAAACGGCAAAGACAUCACUGCUACAACGUGUCGAGAGCUUUGUGUAUUCUACAACAGUAUUCUACUACAUUCUACUACAAUUCGUCGACUUGUUUUGAGAAUGGCUUAAUUUUCUACACGUUGCUGGCUGUUUAGCCAGUUCUCGGCGUAGCUAGUUGCACGAGUCUCGGGGAAAAAGGUGACGCAGAAUGAUGUGCGUGAGAAAGAUUCGCCGCGGGGCAUGAAGGAUGCAGACAUUUCUAAAUGUUGUACGGGAAAAAUGGUGUACAUUAACAUCGCCGUCUGCUUAUCAGUUCUUCUGCUCGUAAUCGGAUUAUCCGUUGGGCUCAACGUGAACACCUUUAAAGGACGAGAUGCCCUUGACUCGGCUCCCCUUAUCGAUGGACACAACGAUCUACCGUAUAAUCUCUAUGAAAAAUUGAACAACAACUUAUCGGCUUUUCGCUUCGAAGACAAUUUAACUUACGAUAGUAUCUGGGGAAAAAGCGCUUGUGCAUCAUGCUUCACCGACCUGCCCCGGCUGGCUGCGGGAAAAGUGGGUGGACAAUUCUGGGUGGCGUACACAUCGUGCGAGUCACAAUACAAAGAUUCCGUGCAGCUUACUUUACGUCAGAUCGACGUAAUUAGGCGAUUAAUUAAGCGAUAUCCAAACAAUCUGCAAUUAGUCACCGCCGCGACGGAUAUCGAGACCUCGUGGAGAAGCGGAAAAAUAGCGUCCAUGAUAGCCGUCGAGGGCGGCCACUCCGUAGACUCAAGUCUGGCGGUUUUGAGGCUGUACUAUAAUCUCGGGGUUCGUUAUCUCACUCUGACGCACACCUGCAACACGCCGUGGGCUGAUGCAUCGACUGUGGACGACGGAUCUGUGUACAAUCUGACAGAUUUCGGCAGAGCGGUUGUUUACGAGAUGAAUCGAAUUGGAAUGCUAGUAGAUUUAUCUCACGUUUCGCAUAAUGUCAUGAGAGAAGUGCUCGCUAUAGCAAAAGCACCCGUGAUAUUCUCGCAUUCAUCCGCUUUCAGCGUCUGCAGGCAUUAUAGGAAUGUUCCUGAUGACGUUCUGCAUCUAGUAAAAAAGAAUAACGGAAUCGUUAUGGUGAACUUCUAUAGCGGAUUCGUGAAUUGCAAUUCUUCGAGAAACGCGACGAUGCAGGAUGUCGUAGAUCAUAUAAAUCACAUUCGAAACGUUAUUGGAGUGGAUCAUGUUGGUAUUGGUGGAGAUUAUGACGGCGUAAGCUCAAUGCCGGAAGGAUUAGAAGAUGUUUCGAAAUAUCCCGAUCUAUUUGAUCGUUUAUAUGAAAACAAAGAAGGCGAACCAACGUGGACCAAAGAGGAUUUGGAAAAAUUAGCUGGAAGGAACUUUAUUCGGGUUUUCCAGGCUACAGAAGCGGUACGGGACUCUUUAUCGUCCGAAUCGCCUAAAGAAAAUGUUAUAACAGGAAAGGAAUUACGUAUUGCACAACAAAGGGAAGGUCUUACUCCGGGCUCAUGUCAAACCGCAAAGGAAUGGCAGAAUGUACAAGAAAAGAAGAAACGGAAAGUGGGAAAACUUCUUCCAUGGUUCAGAUUAGAUAUAACGGAACCGAUGUGAAAACAUAAAACAAUAUGUGAUAUUUUUCGUUAAAACUGAUAUUAAACAGCAAAGUAUGAAAAA